AUUCGAGCGUAUAGAUUUGACAUUCCACAAUUUGUUUGUUUGAGCCCCAAGCGUGGGUCGGCUUUUAAUAAGCUGAAAAGCGGACGAGAGUUGUGUUCGCAUUCCGUGGGGCCCCCGAAGGUGGGUUUAGCCGAGGGCAGUGUUUAUACCCUUUUAUUUAAUAUGAUGCCUGACUUUCUAGUAUUUAUAUUGUUGUUUUCCAUGUGUUUAUUGCCCAGGUCUUCGUUUGACAUGAAGUUGGCUAUCGUGAGUUUUGUUUUUCUGCCCUAUUAACAAUCCUGCCCAGAAUCUGCCUAGACGUUGUCUGCGUAGAUCAUCUGCGCAGACAAAUCUACAUUUUUUUAACCGGAUAGAACCCGGCCGAGUUCUGUCCGGUUUACAAAAUGCAGAUUUGUUAACCCGGGUUAACAAAGGGCCCUUUGUGAAAAGAUUUAUUCACAAAUAACCCCUACCCAAAACCCAUCCGUUUGUUCCUCUCCCUCUCUCCAAUUUUAGUUUCCAUUAAACGGGACAUAAGGAAGUCUGUUUUUUUUUAUAAGAUGUAGAGAUUUUUAUCCAUAACAGGUAUUAGUAUUAUUAAUCUCCAAAAAGACAAUAUAGAAAGGGACAAGAAACUUUACAAAAAAAUUUCGCUUGCAAGAAAUAGGGGAAGAAACGUAAUGUGUAUAUUGAACCCAAUUUGGGGCUGAGCUGAGGAGCCGGCCGGCCCAAGAGAUUAAUUGUUUCAUUCAUUUUUGUUUCUAUCAUCGUUGUCGUCUAAAAUCAAAUAAGUCGAUACUAAUUGCAGUGUUAGUUGAAACAUUGUAUGCGAGCAGAUUAGCGGUACAGGAACACGAAUUACGGUUUUAAGCGUUAUAAAGAGAUCACUAGCCUUCCGGAUAUUGUGAGGUUGAUUGCCUAGGACCUCGUUUGUGCAAUCUAUCAUAGGCCUUCCUAAAGUCAAUUUGGAUGGCCUUCUCCAGUUCAUGCUGGUCGCAAUUGCGAGCAGCGUUCCAGACCGUGAAAACAUCUAUGUUGUUACAUGACAUAUUACGAAAUUGAAUGUUGUACCGACAGCCAAACCGUAGGGUUUUGCUCCGAAGAAUGCGCUCUUCUCCUGGGGGCGACCGUAAGACGUUAAAUGUAAAAUAAUCCUUUCGUCAAACAGGAUACCAAACGACCUGUCCGCGAAGGUAGAAGUUGUAUCUAUAGAUAUCUAUUUUUCAAGCUACUCCGGAAACGGCGCUAGGGAGACGUUAGACACCAUACCCAAUACCCGUGCUACAUUCUAUUACUUUUUAAUUGUCUUUGUGAUCUCACUCUUGUCCUACUUAGUCCGCUACUGUACGCGUUAAUUGGACGACCAAGUUCACGUGUCAAUAAUCGCGCGCGACUAUGCCAGUGGCGGUCAAUUAUUUUGAAGACAAGUUAAUCGUAAAAACUUCAUUGAAUUUAUUAAUUUAAAAAAUUUUUAAUACAUUGGUGUCACCUGCGAGGAUGAAGGACGACUUCCUGUCGAACAUCCCCGACUGUUUUCUAUACGACUCACCUGUCCAGUUAGCCUUGUCACUAUUCUUUUGAUUCUGUUGAACGUAAUUGUCUAGUGACCUUUUGAGUCGUGAAUGCAGACUCCAGAUCGGAUAGUUUGACAGCGCCAUUACUGUUCCAAGAGGCGAAAACAUCUACCUAUGUAAACAGUGGCACACAGAAUUGCAUACCCAAUAUGACUUUAUAAGCAUCCGACCGACUGAGACUGUUUUUUUAGUUUACGCCCCUUAAAGUUCACGUGGAGACAAAUCUCCUCCUCGAAACGCGCAAAGAAGCUACGCUUAACAAAGUCGUCUGAAUUGUUUCCACCCAGACAGGUGAGGACUGAGACCUGA